AUGGACGCCUGGGAGGCCACCAAGGUGGUGUUCGACCGGGUGCGGGCGCUGGACCCGGAGAACGCCUCCAAGAUGAUGGGUCUGCUGCUCAUCCAGGACAACAGCGACAAGGAGCUCAUCCGCCUCGCCUUCGGCCCGGAGCACCUGCUCCACGCCUUCGUCGCCACCGCGCGCGUCGAGCUCGCCGGCAAGCCCGCGUCCCCGCCGUCGCCCGUGCUCGGCCCGCUCCAGACCGGCCCGCCCUGGGGCCUCCCGAGCCCCGGCGCCGACCACCACCGCCACUCGCCCUUCGCCGCCGACCAGCUCGGGUACGACGGCGGCGCCGACGCGUUCUACGCCGACGACUACGACGUCUGGUCCCCCGCGGGCGGUGCCGGCGCCCACCGCCGGAGCUUCUCGCUCAGCGACGCCGAGGCGGCGGCCGCGUCGUGGAGGCCGUGCAUGUACUACGCGCGCGGGUACUGCAAGAACGGCUCCUCCUGCCGCUUCCUCCACGGCGUGCCCGAGGACGACGCCGCGGAGCGGGAGAUGGCCGUCAUGCGCGCCAAGGCCCUGGCCGCCGCGCCGCCGCAGCUCAUGGCGUCCGCGUACCCCUUCUCGCCGUCGCCCAAAGGAGGCGUCAGCCUCAGCUUCCUGCUCCAGCAGCAUCAGCAGCAGAGCGAGACCCAAAGGGCGGCGGCGGCGGCGGGCAUGCUGCUCGGCGGCGACGACAUGCACAGGUUCCCGGUGCGCUCCCCACGGAUGGACCGCGGCGACCUCAUCGCCAGCCCCGCCGCGCGGCAGAUCUACCUCACCUUCCCGGCCGACUCCACCUUCAGCGAGGAGGACGUGUCCAACUACUUCAGCAUGUUCGGGCCGGUGCAGGACGUGCGCAUCCCGUACCAGCAGAAGCGCAUGUUCGGCUUCGUCACCUUCGUCUACGCCGAGACGGUGAAGGUCAUCCUCAGCAAGGGCAACCCGCAUUUCGUGUGCGACGCGCGCGUGCUCGUCAAGCCCUACAAGGAGAAGGGCAAGGUCCCCGACAGGUUCAGGAAGCCGCAGCACGCGCACCAUGGCGCCGAGUUCGCCGGUUGCACGUCGCCCACCGGAUUGUUGGAUUCCAGGGACCCCUACGAUCUCCAGCAGCCCCAGAUCGGACCAAGGAUGAUGUACGGGAACAUGGCUAACCAUGAGGCGUUCCUGAGGAGGAAGCUGGAGGAGCAGCAGCAGGCGGCCGAGCUGCAGCAAGCCAUUGAGCUGGAGGGGCGCCGCUUCAUGGGGCUGCAGCUCCUUGACCUCAAGAGCAGGGGUCACCAUCUCGGGCUCGGCUCCCCCGUUAGUUCAGGCUCGCCCAUGUCUCUGGGGCAAGCUGGUGGCAAAGGCAGCGGCAACAACGGGAAUGGCAAUGCCGCCCAUUUGGAGGAUGUCACCGGCAUCCAAGAUAAGAAGAUGAGCAGUACUAGCCUUGCAAUGAGUGCUCCUGCUGCUGCCUCUGCAACUGCUGAUGCAGAAGGCAAGCACGAGGAGCAGCAGGGAGAGGGUGGUGAUGGCAGCCCCAAGCAGGCUGUCAACCCUGGGGAAGAGGAGAAGGUGGAAUCUGGUCCUGUGACAGCAACACCCAAUGCUGCUUGUGGAUUCCAAGAAAGUGGCGUGGUGGAGCACAUUCUGCCUGACAGCCCCUUUGCAUCCCCCACCAAGGCCUCCAUUGAUACUAUUACUACUGCAACUGCUCAGAAUGGUAGCAUCAGCAACAGCAGCCCUCAUCUUGUGGCUUCAUCCCUUUUCCCAGCUGCAUCCACCCUUGAGCUGCCCCCAUACAGCUCCUGCUUUUUUCAGGUGCCCAGGUUUUCUCCUGGGCAUGAAGCCAUUGGGCUGUGA